AUGAAAUUUAUUAUUUGCCUGAUUAUUACUGUAGUCUUUGCAACAGAACCUGAAGAAAGUCUUGAUGCUGCUGAAUCUAUUGAAUAUAAUUUGUAUCCAGCUGAAAAACAUUAUGUUCAAACUCCAGAUGGAUAUAUUAAUCAAAUCCAAAGAAUUCCAUUUGGAAGAGAUAAUCGACCAAUUCAAGGAUGCAAUUCUAAAAGGCCGAUAAUGUUUUUACAACAUGGUCUCUUUGCUUCUUCAUACGAAUUUUUGAUGAAUCUUCCAUCGCAAAGUCCUGCUUAUGUAUUCGCUGAUGCUGGAUUUGAUGUUUGGUUGGGAAAUGUAAGAGGAACGGAAUAUGGAAGAAAUCAUACAACAUUAAAAACUAAUGAUCGACGAUUCUGGAAUUUCACGUAAGUUUACUAAAAUAAAAUAAUUUAGAGAAAAACAUGCUGUGUUCUUGAAGAUUCUAUGAUCACGCUCAUUCCGAUCUUGUUUCACAAAUCGAAUAUGUUUUGGAAAAAACAGGACAAGAAUCUCUGUUUUAUGUUGGACAUUCUCAAGGAACUACAGUUAUGUUUGCGAGAUUGGCAGAAGCUGAACCAGCUUGGCAAAAGAAAAUUCGAGCAUUUUUUGGACUUGGUCCAUCUGCUGGCUCAGUUAAAGCAACAGCUAGUUUUCUUUUGUUAGAAAUUGAAGAUAUUCAGCGACUUAUUCAAUUUGUUCUUGAUGGGAAGUUUGGAAUAAUUCCAAUUACAAUACCACAUCCACUUAUUGAUCGAUUAGCUGAAGCAUGUGGAAAUGCUGAAAUUAAUCAUAUUUGUUCAGCAGCUCUCGAUAUUGGUGGUGGAAGAGAAAAGUUAUCACAAUUAAACGAUGUAAGUUAUAAUAAAUCAAGUUUGAAAACAUAUUAAUAUAAUUUUGCAGACAAGACUUCCUGUGAUUCUCAAACAUUUUCCAUCAACAACUUCUACAUUAAAUCUUCUUCAUUGGGUUCAAACAUUCAAAUAUCACGAACUUCGACAUCUUGAUCUUGGUCCCGAAAGAAAUCUUGAAGCAUACGGUCAAAAAGAAGCACCCCGUUUAAAUAUUUCAAAUAUCGAAGCACCCACUUAUCUUUUUUUCAGUCAUGAUGAUAUUAUAACAGAUGAUGUUGAUGUAAGAGAAAUUAUUUUGAAACAUAUGGGUCCUGGAUUGAGAAAUUAUACAAAUUUGGAUCAUUUCACUCAUAUCGAUUUUGCUGUUGGGCUGAGAGCGAAUGAUGAAGUAUAUCGACCAAUUAUUCAAACAAUUCGUGAAGAUAUUCAGAAAAAUGGAUGCUAA